CCGUGGUGUUAUCGCGACACCGUGUAGCCUGCUGCUAGCUCGGUGCGUUAGCCGUCCUGUUGGAGGCGUCAGACGCUCGACAAACGUAUUAACAUUACGCCCAGUCAGUGUUUUCGCCUUUAUUUAAUGCGUAACCUCACGCUGCACCGUAAAAGUAUUCCGCUGCGCCAGCCUGUGUUUCGAUAGCAGGGCAUUUUAUAAGAUAGUUAACCUUCUCGCUAACAGUUAGCUGGUUAGCAUGCUAACCACCUGUUAAGACUGUUAUCUUUGUGGCGGGUUUUCCUCCCAGUUUGCAGCCGUCAUUAUGACGCACACAAGGAAAGAAGUAUUUCAGUCAAAACUGCUCCAGAAGCUUUACCGUGCACUGCCCAAGUUGGACGAAGAGAUCGGCCCACCGCUUAAUGUAGACAUACUCUGUAACAAAAGUACGAAAGGAAAAACCUCUCAACAGGUUCCUGCAACAGGAGAUGCAGCACCGACACAGAGCGCAGUCGAUUCAGGAAAAAGAUUAUACACAGUUCUACCUCCUCCUGCAGACUGGAAGGCAGAUUGUGUGCAAUCAUUCACACCCACCGAGAUAAGAAGCAUAAAUGCUGCAGAGGACCCUGCUGAGGGUGGUGUCCAUAACAACAGUGAAGAACUGGACCAAGAGGAAGAGGCAGAAAAACUGAGGAGGAGAUGGAAGAGAAGGAGAAAGUUCACACUUCGUGAAGACGGAGCAGCUUCAGUGAUUGAGUCGAGUAAAUGCCAGAAUCAGGCGGAAGGUGGUGAGCGCAUCAGCAGGAACAAGAGGAGGAAAAUGAAAAAGAAACGGCACAAAGAGAAGCUUUUCGCCAUGGGUGUGCUGCCCCGGGCUGCUGCCCUGGAGUUCACCUACCAGAGGAAUGAGGAGAAGAGAGCUGCUGAAGUAUCAAACUUCCUCAAGGCAACAAUGGAAAUCUAUAAGUCAGACUCCUCACUGCACAUAGGUGAGCUUCCUCUCCACUCUGAGGAGGUGUACAAUCUGGUGAGCAAUGUAUCCAGCAGAGAGAAGUCCAGUGCUGUCCUCAAACAGCUCCACAGUCUUAUAGGAUUUGUGCAGCGGAAGGAGACAGACGGUUUGUCCAAAUCGCUGGAGGAGCUGCAAGAAUCCUCGUCCAUGUCUGCAGAGGAAACCACUGCAGUCGUUUCACUUUUCCGAUAUUGGAUAACAGACAUUCUUCCAAUGCGGGGAAACUGCUUUGCACAACACUGACAGCUGCUGCUGGAGGAUCAUUUUCAGUGUUUCUUCGUGUCAGAGGUCAAAUGUCAAACGCAAGCCCUGGGGUAAGAUCCAGGACCCCCACCAGUCUGCAGACUAAAUUAAUAAUAAUCUUAUGUAGUUACAUUUUAACUCUGUCUCAGUGUUGCGGAGGGAAGUACUCUGCAGUCCAGAGUACCACCACGGGUGCAGGUGAAAUAAGACAUCUCCAUGGUUUAUCUGAUACUAGUGCUGAUUUCACCAGACUGAUUCCAAAAUUAUCACUCCGCUCCAAAAUGAUCAUGCAGUCACCACAUUUUCAGUUCCAUGAUAAAGCCUUUGUAAUUUGCCAUCCAUUAUGGCAGCACUUUCAGUUCAUUCCCGGUGCUAAACCCACUCAUUCACUUGCACGUCUCUCACCGCAUUUUUGCCUUAGUGUGUAUAAAAUGUGCACAUCAACCCAGCAGGUCUGUAACAAUGCAUCCUUUGUAAAAAAUAAAUAAAUAAAUAAAAAAUCUGAUGAUCUCAGCCAAUGUUAAUGCAGUAAUAAGCUCUGAUAUGUUCCUAACAUUUAUGUUCUUGCAUAUAAAGUUCAUGCAGAAAGCGAGGUGUGAAAAUCACAAGGCUUUGGUUACAGGAUAGGUAGGUACGAUACCUUUAUAAAAUCCAGUGAGUGCAUAGACAGAUAAAUGAGCACACCACAUCCAGAUUAACACAAUAACUCCAAAAAAAAAAGCAAUAAAUGCCGUCCUCUU